UCCUACCAUAACUUUCUCUGUCUCUCAAUCUGUAGAAAAAAUAAAAAUGCAGGCAACAGCAACUACUACUCCACUAACCUGCUCACUUUUUCCACUCCAAGCUACAGUGGAGAAACUCACAGCGAAAAUUUUCUCAGAAAGGAUUUCAAAUAAAGGUACAAUUUGAGCUGCAACCUCCGCCGUACCCACUGAAUGCUCUAGAGCCACAUAUGAGCAAGGAAUCACUUGAAUUUCAUUGGGGUAAACACCACAGAGCAUAUGUAGAUAACCUAAAUAAACAGAUAGUAGGAACUGAGCUAGAUGGGUUGCCACUGGAAGAUGUCGUACGCCGCACAUAUAACAAAGGGGAUUCCCUUCCAGCCUUCAACAAUGCUGCCCAGAUCUGGAAUCAUGAUUUCUUUUGGGGAUCCAUGAAACCAGAUGGAGGGGGCAAACCAUCUGGGGAACUUUUAGAAAUGAUUGAAAAAGAUUUUGGUUCUUAUGAGAAAUUCAUUACAGAUUUCAAGGCUGCUGCUGCUACACAGUUCGGUGCUGGUUGGGCUUGGCUAGCUUAUAAAGAGGAGGACAAGAAACUUGUAAUAUUGAAGAGUUCAAAUGCUGUGAACCCUCUAGUACAAGGACAAGAUUACACUCCGAUUCUCACCAUUGAUGUUUGGGAGCAUUCCUACUACAUCGACUACCGGAACCGACGCCCUGAUUACAUAUCAGUCUUUGUGGAGAAACUCGUCUCCUGGGAGGCAGUCAGUUCUAGACUUGAGAAGGCAAAAGCUUGAGCAGAAGAAUCAGGAGUGGGAUAAAAUCACAUUGUCUCGAGCCUCUUGCAAUAAUUACCAAACAUCUACUAGUUACUCCAAUUGAAUUCUCCAGUUGUUACUUUUUAUGCAAUCUAUAAUGCAAGAUACAUUGUUGCAGAAGAAAUUCUAAAUCAUUUUUCAUUGCAACCUAAAGUCGGAUAUAUGAUGAUGUUUAAUCAAGGCAAAGUUUGGGCACCCCCCUCCCUCAAUUGUGCUACUACUCUGCUUACUGGGCCUAGUCCUUCAGAAUUAAUAUCAUGGGAUUUCAGUGGUCAUCGUCAUCCCCACGAACCCCGCAUAUAUGGUGGCCUCCUCCUGAUUAAUUGUUAUAGACGUUUUGCAAUUUCUUGUACGCAUUUUGCUUCUUCUUCUUAUCUGCUUCGUGGACUUUGCAUAUUUUCGAGUUUCGUUUUAAAAAUAAGUAAGUAGCGGUUAUAAGUUCGACAAA